AUGAAGGAGAAGUCCAAAAAUGCAGCCAAAACCAGGAGGGAGAAGGAAAAUGGCGAGUUUUAUGAGCUGGCCAAGUUGCUCCCGCUGCCAUCGGCCAUCACCUCGCAGCUGGACAAAGCGUCCAUCAUCCGACUCACCACCAGCUACCUGAAGAUGCGCGCAGUCUUCCCGGAAGGUCUAGGAGACGCGUGGGGACAGCCGAGCAGAACAGGGCCCCUGGACAGCGUGGCCAGAGAGCUGGGAUCCCAUUUGCUUCAGACUCUGGAUGGCUUUGUUUUUGUGGUGGCCUCUGAUGGCAAAAUCAUGUAUAUAUCUGAGACUGCUUCUGUCCAUCUAGGCUUGUCUCAGGUGGAGCUCACAGGCAACAGUAUUUAUGAGUACAUCCAUCCUUCCGACCACGAUGAGAUGACCGCAGUGCUCACGGCCCACCCGCCGCUCCACCAUCAUCUGCUCCAAGAGUACGAGAUAGAGAGGUCUUUCUUUCUUCGAAUGAAGUGCGUCCUGGCGAAAAGAAACGCAGGCCUGACGUGCAGUGGAUACAAGGUCAUCCACUGCAGCGGCUACUUGAAGAUCAGGCAGUAUAUGCUGGACAUGUCCCUGUAUGACUCCUGCUACCAGAUCGUGGGGCUGGUGGCCGUGGGCCAGUCGCUGCCGCCCAGUGCCAUCACGGAGAUCAAGCUGCACAGCAACAUGUUCAUGUUCAGGGCCAGCCUUGACCUGAAGCUCAUCUUCCUGGAUUCCAGGGUGACAGAGCUUACGGGCUACGAGCCACAAGACCUGAUUGAAAAGACGCUGUACCAUCACGUUCACGGCUGUGACACCUUCCACCUCCGCUAUGCGCACCACCUCCUGCUUGUGAAGGGCCAGGUCACCACCAAAUACUACCGGCUGCUGUCCAAGCUGGGCGGCUGGGUGUGGGUGCAGAGCUACGCCACCGUGGUACACAACAGCCGCUCCUCCCGGCCCCACUGCAUCGUGAGUGUCAAUUAUGUCCUCACGGAUAUCGAAUACAAGGAACUCCAGCUGUCUCUGGACCAGGCAUCCACGUCUAAGUCUCAGGACUCCUGGAGAACCCCCUUGUCUACCUCACAAGAAACUAGGAAAUCAGCUAAGCCCAAACAUACCAAGAUGAAGACGAAGCUGAGAACGAACCCUUACCCCCCACAGCAAUACAGCUCGUUCCAAAUGGACAAACUGGAGUGCAGCCAGGCGGGAAACUGGAGAACUAGUCCCCCCACAAAUGCUCCGGCUCCCCCAGAACAGCAGUUCCAUUCAGAAGGCAGCGACCUUUUAUACGGGCCACCCUACAGCCUCCCCUUCUCCUACCACUAUGGACACUUCCCUUUGGACUCUCACGUCUUCAGCAGCAAGAAGCCAGCCUUGCCCGCCAAGUUCGGGCAGCCCCAAGGAUCCCCGUGUGAGGUGGCACGCUUUUUCCUGAGCACGCUGCCAGCCAGCAGCGAAUGCCAGUGGCAUCAUGCCAACCCCCUAGUGCCCAGCAGCCCAUCGCCAGCUAAAAACCUUCCUGAGCCUCCUGUAAAUGCUGCCCGGCAUGGACUUGUGCCAAACUAUGAAGCGCCCGCCACGGCUGCAGCUCGCAGGUUCGGCGAGGACCCCGCGCCCCCGAGCUUCCCGAGCUGCGGCCACUACCCCGAGGAGCCGGCUCUGGGCCCCGCCAAGGCGGCGCGCCAGGUGUCCCGGGACGGAGCCCGGCUGGCGCUGGCCCGAGCGCCCCCCGAGUGCUGCGCGCCCCCAGCUCCGGAGUCGCAGGCGCCGGCGCAGCUGCCCUUCGUGCUGCUCAACUACCACCGCGUGCUGGCGCGCCGCGGGCCGCUGGGGGGCGCUGCGCCCGGCCUGGCCUGCGGACCCGGAGCCCCCGAGGUGGUCAGUCCGCUACGACCGCGACACCCGGGCCCCGUCGCCGCCUCUGUGCCUGGCGCUCCCCGGCCGCACUACCUGGGUGCCUCGGUCAUCAUCACCAACGGCAGGUGA